AUGGACACUCUUAUAAACUGGAGUACUUCCCUCCCACCGCUCCAGGAGUUCCUCCCUCCUGUGUCUCCAGAAGCGUACAUCGUCCUCCUCUCAAUAUUCCAAUACUUCCCUAUGGUCGCCCUUAUCCAACUCGCAACUCCUUUUUAUCCGCAGGGGAAAACGUCCCUCCCUUCCUCACGCCUAAACUUCCCCGGCCGAUACGCAUGGCUCUGCAUGGAGAGCGUCGGUGCCCUUAAUCUCCUUUACACCCUCUACACGGGUAUUUCCAUGUUCCCCGACGGCCAGUUCCCCAGCUGGCAUAAACUCGUCGCAUGCAUCUAUGUCCUCCAUUACCUAAACCGGGCCGUAAUAACACCCCUUUUCCUCGCGCCCAGCAUGUCGCCAAUUCACCUGAUCAUUAUCCUUUCGGCUAUGGCAUUUAAUUACCUCAACUCGAGCUGUAUAGCAGGCUGGUUGUUGGGUUACGGGACUCCAGUCCUGGGGUCAACUGCGCCGCGACCACAGCAAGCACACCUCUCACGGACCUCAAGUUUCUCCACCACAUACUUCCCAGCGGAAUACAUACCCUAUAUUGGACUAUGCCUAUUCCUAAUAGGAAUGUACGGCAACAUCAAAGCGGAGGGAACCUUAUUCCGCCUACGGAGAGAGGAAGCCGAUAAGAACAGUAACAAUAACAGCAACAACCCCAAAACCGCCCAAACCCCCAAAAACAAAUACGACAAAGUCUACGUCCUCCCCCCUGCCACCGGCUUGUUCCGCACAAUUCUCUUCCCCCACUACGUCUUCGAAUGGAUUGAAUGGCUCGGUUUUCUCCUGAUAGGCGUCUCCAUUACUCCAGCUCCCGCCUCCGAAGCAACUGCCGCCACCCCCGCCCUCGUCCUGGCGCCUUACUAUGCACCUCUCGCAAACCUCCUGCUAGAUAAAUUGGGCCUGCCAUUCCCCCUCCCCGCAAUCGCAUUCCUCGUAAACACAGUAGCGACGACGUCGGUGCGCGCGAGCUGGGGCCGGAAGUGGUAUGUAGACCGCUUUGGGGCGGAGGCGGUGGGGAGACGCGGUGCGUUUGUGCCUUAUUUUAAGUGGCUGUGA